AUGGCGCUGUCCGCCGUCGGGACCCGCCUCUCGCCGAGUAGCCCCGGCUCGCAGCCGCGCCGAUCGCCGCGUGGAUCUGCGCUGCUGUCGGCCAGCAGCCCUUCGCUCAAGUACCCACUGAAGCCGCUCAAUGCCAAUGGCGGAGGUGAGGCCAUCGCGCAGGCGAAGCUCGUGCACAACUUGCAGCAGCAGGUCUACUUCCUCGAGCUCGAGCUCAAGUUUCUGAAGGAGCACGGUGCGGGUGGCCGUGCGACGGCCGACACGGAGCAGGCACGGGAGCAGCUUGUUGCGGCGAGGGAGGCGAUGCUGCGUGCGGAGUUUCACAAGGAGAAGGCCCAAGCAGACAAGGCGGCGGCCAUCAGCGAGCUGACGCGCGUUCGCGAUCGCUUCAGCGCGGCACAUCAGCAGUUGACGGUGGAGGUGGUCGAGCUGCAGGCCGCGCUCGAGAAGCGGAACGAGGCGGAGGCGCAGCUGCGGAUCGAGCUGCACGACGCGACGAUCAAGUACGAGGAGCGGAAGAGCUUCGCGGCGGGCUUCGACGGCCAGGCCAGGGUCUGGGCGGAGGAGAAGAAUGAGCUCGAAUCAGAGCUGAACCGGACGCGUGGUCGAGAGCAGUCGCUCCUCUCUGAGCUGCUCGACGAGAAGAAUGCCCACGGCCAUCUGCAAGCCAAGGCGGCAGCAAAGCUCCUGGUGCGCGAGAACGAGGCGAUGAAGACGGCGCUCGCGGAGCUGGAGAUUGGUGCGCAGCGCCUCCGAGCCGACAACCAGAGGCUGCAACGCGACGACGAGGACCGGAAGGAGCGUCUCGCCUCGCUCCGUCUCGAGUUGGCGGAGGCGAACCAGCGCUGUGAGACGAUGCAAGCGGAGAUGGAGAGGCAGGCGCAGCAGAUUGCGGCGCAAGGAGGCCGGAGCUCGCGGCACGCUGAAGAAGUUGCAAGGCUGACGGCUGAGAACCGAUUGCUGACGGAUCGGGUCGAGACGUUGACGCUAUCUGCCACCAACCAGACGGCAGCGGUCGAAAGGCUGCAAGAGGAGAACGCAUCACUGCACGCCAAGGCAGGCAUGGUGGACACAAUCCGCCGCCGCGAGCAGCAGGCACGCACCCUGAUCGAGCAGGCGCAGAAGCAGCUGCUCGGCGAGACCGACUUGGAGGCGCAAAAGACGGAGCACUUGGACGCACAGAAAGCACUGCCGCCGGCCGCGACAAACCUCGCGCCCGAAGCCGACUUGCGAGUGGCAAUCGCCGAGCUCGAGGAGGCGACUGAGGCGGGCGACCUCGUCCGUCUCAAGACUGCAAUCGCGCUGCACGGCGCGGCUGCGGAGGAGACGGACGCGCUCUACCACGCGAAGCAAGCGAUGACCCGUCUGCUGGAGGAGCGAAAGGCGGAGAAGAAAAAGCGGCUGGCGGCGGCGAAGGCGGCGCCCGCACCAGCUGCGGCUCCGGCGCACCCGUCUCACGAUGAGGAGGCGAGGGCGGCCCGGGCGGCCAAGGCGGCAGCGGCAGCAGCGGCGGUGGCAGCGGCAGCUGAAUCGGUCGAGACUGCCCGGACGGCUGCGGCUGCGGCUGCGGCCGCAGCAGCGGCGGAGAAGGAGGCGGCGGCGGCGGCGAUUGCAGCGGCAGCCACGGCCGCCGAGAAAGCGGCGGCCGAGAAGGUGGCGGCGGAGAAGUUGGCGGCCGAGAGGGCGGCGGCGGAGAAGGCGGCGGCGGAGAGGGCGGCGGCGGAGAGGGCGGCGGCGGAGAAGGCGGCGGCGGAGAAGGUGGCGGCGGAGAAGGUGGCGGCCGAGAGGGCGGCGGCGGAGAAGGUGGCGGCGGAGAAGUUGGCGGCGGCGGCCGAGAGGGCUGCAGCCGAGAAGAUGGCGGCGGAGAGGGCGGCGGCUGAAGCGGCGAUCGAACGGCUUCGACCCUCGGCGGCGGCAGCACCACCAGAGCCCAGGUCGCUCCCCCCGGCUGCAGCGGUUGCGCCGGGCUUGCCCGCCGCGGCUGCGGCUGUGACGCCGCCGCCCGUCGGCGGGAUGUUUGGAAAGCUGUCUGCGCUAGAGGCGCAGCUCGGCCUGGACCCGGGCGGUGGAGGCAUCCUGCCUCGCCUCGAGGCCCUCGAGCAGCUGCUGCAGCCGGACGGCGGCGACGGCGGCGGGCGCGGCGACGGGCGCGCGGCCGCAAAGCCAUCGCCUAAGCCCCCGCCACCAGGACUGCCGGGGUUGGCGCGUGCCAGCACCGCCGGCUGCGGAAGCACGGCAGCCGGCAUGCCGCCGGGGCUGCUGCCUCCUCCCGCCACCGGAGGCCGCUCGGCCCCGGACAGGUCCGUGCGCAAGGAGGCAGGAGAGCGUGGCGCCGCGAAGGGGAGGCCCGCCGUGGCUGCGGGCGGUGCGGAGCGCGACUGGGGUGCCGUGCGGCGGGGGUGA